AUGGACGCAACGACAGCAGCCAACCAGAAGGAGGUACUUAAACGGCAGAAAGCAUUCGCUAGUCCCUCGCCAAUGGCGUCAACCACGUCAAUUGAGGCCGUGGAUGGAGAAACCGGUGAUUCUCCAAUCACAUAUCACCCCGGUGUCGCGGGCAACAAGAUGUUUCAAAAUGACCGCAUGCAGCUCGGCGAGACCUUCACGGAUAUCACGAUGCGAUGUUGGCACAGAGGUGACGCCGAGGACAAAAAGAACAAAGAACGGAAGGCCAAAGAACAGACACCCACCAGCUCCUGA